CGGGAAUCGAUGGUAUUUGGUAUACAGACGCUUUGGAAUUAGCAGCGUCUGCUAAUAGGAACCGGAUGUAGAAUGGCGUCUGCAGAUACGUCAUUUCUGGUGGCGGUGGUGUGUCUCCUGCAUGUGUCGUCUGCUUGGAAAAUACGUUCAGCAGCUAACUUGCGUCCGCAGAUCUAUGCAACGUGUAUCAACUCGACAUUGUAUACGUUACCUGACUGUAGAGAUCACCCGGACGGAUACGGAUGUGAUUGUGGGGCGGGGUUCCAUUGGAACACUCAAGUGUGUAUGUCGACAGCAGUGGACUCCCGACUGGAGUUUUCCAGCCAGACGCCACUCCGAUACACUGUGCUACUUGGAAAGGCUUUUCCGGUGCUAAAACAGUUUACAAUAGCCUUUUGGAUCAAAGUUCCUCGCCCCGCCCAUAACGGAACUAUCCUGUCAUACAAGCAUGACGUCACCGGUGACCUAUUGAGCAUGCGCAGUGGGCCAACCCUCAUGUAUAAAGUUUGGAAUCAAAAAGUGGACACUGGCUUCUAUUUCCUACCAAACGAAUGGCACCACAUUGUGUGGACUUGGUCAUCGCAAGACGGAGAGUCGAACCUGUAUAUUAACAGCCGGAAGCGGAAGUCAAAAGUGAGCGGUGAGGCGGCGGAAGUUCCCCAAGGGGGAGAGUUUGUGCUGGGUCAAGCAUCCAGGGGGAACCAGAAUGACUUUGACGAACGGGUCGCAUUCGUCGGGGAUCUGUCGCAUCUCAAUAUCUGGAGUUUCGUAUUGACAGAGCACGAAAUAGACACAUUGUUUUCUUCCUGCGAUUUCAUGCACUGUGGGGACGCUGUUUCAUGGACGGAGUUCCGACGCGGUACUAGGGGAGCCAUGAGAAUGCGGUGGCCGUCGGGAGCCCUACGAGACUCAUGUUUUAGCGAGGAAAAGAUAGGUUACUCGUGUAACAAAUACUGCAGUCUGACGAUAGGCGCCCAAUGUAACGAGCAAAUUGUUGAAAACAUCCGGUGGACGCGGACACCGGCCCUCGAUACCAUCUCAAUUCCAUGUCCAGCAGAUGUUAACAAGCGAACCGCAGAUGCAAACACAACCGCGUAUGGUACUCGGCCGUGUAACCUGACAGAUGAGAACGAAGGAGAAUGGGACACGGCCAACAUAGACAGCUGUAUUUCAGAGUCUCUAAGGAGGCUUAAAUACAAGUUCAACAGGUACCUGUUAGCAGAUUAUAUAGACGAAAAAACGCUGCUUGAUCUUGGUCGAAAAUUAGUGAACCACACCCUCCACAGCUCCUACAGUAAUCCGGUAGAUGUUGCAACAGUCAUUGACAUGCUGGAAAUGAUCGUCAAUACUCAGGCUGAGAUGAUAGUGUUGAAGGUGCAGCAGUGGUCUGAUGGAACGGUUAACUAUGCCAAGGCCUCUCAGAUUUUCAUAACGUUGGACGAAACUAAACAGUUCAUACAGAUCGUGUGUGAUGUGGUUGACAACCUACUCAGCGAGAAACACGAGCUUGGAUGGAAUGCCACUCAACCUCCCGGUACAGAGGGAGAUAACUUACUAAAGGUGAUGGAGACGUUUGCCCACGUGGUUUCCAGAAUUCUGCAAAACCAGAUCACGGACGGUAACAUACACGGAACUGUCGGCUUUGAAGAUGCUUAUUUGUAUGCCAUCAGACAAAAGAUAGAACUCAGCGUACAUGCUCAAUGGGUUGAGGAGUUUCGAGGGGCAACUUUUCCUUCUCAAAUGGACGGUCGUCAAGGGGUGCAACCACGAUACGGCCAUAUAGAGAUGCCAGCAGCUAUCAUACAAUCGACAAAUGAAUCUGACCUUCCAGCGUUCAUAAAGAUAGCUGGUCUGAGAAUCCGUGGUAUGACAAUCAUGCUUCCCAACCAUGACUUGAGGGCGACUGGCAAGAAGAGCAAGGAGAACAACCUUAACACACCAAUCAUCGCUAUGUUCCUGCAUGCCGGACACUUGGGACUGGGGUCAAACCUGACCGCACCCAUUGUGUUUACCUUGCCCUACUUAGAUACAUUUAACAUAUCCAACCCAGAGUGCGUCCGACUGGAACACGGGACAAUUCUGGCAGGAAAAAUCACUGACUGGCGAUGGACGACGGAAGGCUGUGAGCUAAGACAGGAUCGUGGGAACGAUGCUGUGUGCGCAUGCGCAUCAACGGGCAUCUUUGCAGUAACAACUGACAUGUACAACGACAAUUGGAACAAGGGUGAAGUGCGACCGAUUUUGAUGAACUUCGCUUCCUACAUUGGUUGUACAAUGAGUGCAACUCUCUGCCUUACGACCUGCUUACUUCACAUCUACUACAAAACGUCAUCAGCAACAGCGUCUUUACACCGAAACCUCGGAAUGUCGGUGGUCUGUGGCCAGCUGGUGUUCAUGGUGGGCAUCGAGAGAUACGACCACACGGUGAUUUGUGAGAUAUUCGCCGUCUGCCUUCACUACUUUUUUCUUGCCAAUUUCUCGUGGCUGAUGAACGAAGCUUUUAACCUCUACAUAGUCAUCACAUACUCUUCACACGCCCACGAUGGGCACAGCGAGGCCGGAUCCAUGCUAAGAUACUACAUCCUCGGAUGGAUAAUACCGGCCGUUUUGGUUGGCUCUUUUGUCGGAUCACAGGGAGAAAACUAUUAUGCAAAAGAUAUGUGCUGGGUAUCAUGGGAUAACCUGUGGUUGUUUGUAGGACCUGCUUUAGGAAUUAUUGCGGUUACAAUAAUGGUGCUGAUAUUUACCGCAAAGGAACAUAAUGAAAACUCGUACACCAAGUCCGAGAAAAACAAUAAAUCCAUUAUACUGCUGAUGAAGGGCCUGUGGACUCAGAUAAUCUUGAUCGCUGUCGCAUGGUCUUUUGCCUUUAUUUCCCUGAAGAUGAACGAUAGAAUCAUAAAAUACAUCUUUGGUCUCUUUAAUAGCCUUCAGGGCAUGUUCUUCGUCGUAUUUUACCUAUUGCUGAACGAAGAAGUACGCAACAUUUUCAAAGUGAAGAAGAAGAAAAAGACGCUGUCGGCCCACGGGUUUGACGACGCCGACGAUAGAUCUCUAGACUCGCAGCCGUCCACACAUCUCGUGGAGAAGGACCGUCUAGAGGCGUUAGCGUUAGAUCCGCGACCACGUCGACGUCGUGAUCAGGCGGCAAGAAACAAGCGCCGUCAACGUCUAAAGAGAGAAACGUCACCUGAUGAAGACGAACAGAUGGCUUCAGAUUGUGAAAUGAUAACAUCUGUGUAG